AUGGAUAUGGACGCCAUCAACGACUGUGUAAAGAAAUAUCUGUCUCAAAGUGGCGUAAAAAACUAUGGAGGAUGGACGAUCUGCGGUGGGUCCGCAACGGUGGCCGGUCGCGGCGUCGUGGCCACCCAGGACUACAACACGGGUGACGUGAUAUUCGUGGACGUUCCGCUGAUCAUUACGCCAAGAGUGAUAAGCCCGGACGACAACACAAGAAGUCCUGUAUGUCCAGUAUGUUACACGGAAGUAACGACGCCAACCGGAUGUCCGGGUGGUUGCCGGUGGCCGGUAUGUGGGCGUCAGUGUGCUGACCGGCCCGAACACCGAGAAGAGUGCCGGUACGUUCGGAAACUACGUCCGAAAAUCAAGAACGAUGGACAAACGUGGUCGAUAGGUAUUUACAAUGCAAUAACAGCCGUCCGGGGCCUGUCGAUCAGAAACAGCGAGUAUAAGUACUUCCUAGACGUAUUGCAAAAGAAAUUGUCGGAAAAACUCACGUUCGAGGUAGAAGAACUGAAAAGAAACAUAAGUAUGAAAUUAAAUGAGAAGGAUGAACAAAUAAUGAUAACUACUUGUAAAAUAAUGGAUGCUAAUUGUUUUGAAACAAUUGUAAGUCGUUCCAAUAAAUUAAUAAGUUUGAAAGGCCUGUAUCCUGUAGCAUCAUUUAUGAACCAUUGCUGUGUUCCAAACACAAUGCACAAUUUUGAUGAAAAACUUCAAAUGGUUGUAAAAGCUUCCUUUCCGAUAUAUAAAGGAGAGGAAAUUACAACUAGUUAUACAAAUUCAAUUUGGCCUACUUCAUUACGACAGAAUCAUUUGUUAACGUCAAAACAAUUUACUUGCACCUGUAGUAGAUGUUGUGAUACAGAAGAAUUUGGAACUGAGUUAGCAGCGCUGAAUUGCAUAGUUAAAAAUUGUGAUGGGCGAAUUUUACCAAUUAAUCCAUUAAAUAAGAUGUCGAUUUGGCAAUGCAAGAUUUGCACAAAAUUAGUAACAAGCACUGAAAUGAUAAAUCUUUACAAAAAUAUUGAGACUUUAAUGAAGAGCAUAAAUGUGUUUUGUCCAAAAAGCUUUGAAGAAAUUUUAAAGUCAUUUAAUAUCCAUAAAGACAGCCCAUUUGUAGUUGAUUUAAGAUUAAAAUUUAUAUGGAAAUCGAAAAACAAUAGUUUAAAUCUUGAACAAUUGCUUUACAAAGAAAAAUUGUGUAUGGAAAUGUUGGAUUUAGUGCAAAAGUUAAGAUUAGGUCAAUGUCGAUUAUUAGGUUUAAUAUCUCUAGAACUUCAGAAAGUAAUUAGAGAAAAAGCGAAUCGUUUCCGGAAGAAAUGGAACACAAAAACAUUGAAUAUCUUUGAAGAACAAAUGAAUAAACUGAAAGAGAUAUAUUCUAGUAUUUUGGAUGAAGAUGCAAACUUGAACACCAAUAAUAUUCAAUGAGUUUACCACUCGAAUAAAGACAUUGCCAAUAGGUAAUGAAUUUAAAACGUCUUGUGUAGAGUUCUGUAUUUUAAUAAUAAUAUACAUAUAUUU